GGGUCUCAGGCCUGGAAAGAACCGGAACGUCUCACUCCAGCUUCGGUCUGCGGCUUCCCCGGCUCUGGACUACAUUUCCCAUCGGUCCCCGCGGCGCGCGUCCCUCUGGCACCGCCUUUCUGCGUCCCGGCUCAUUGCUUCGGCCGAUGGACCCCUUAGCUCUGCCAUCUCAGGACUCUGCCCUUCCCCAACAGAGGAGCCAGGAGGUGGACCCAUCAGCCCAUGAAAUUCUAAAAGUCAUGUCCCUUGGGUCAGACUUGUUCAGGGACGUGGCCGUAGUCUUCUCCCAAGAAGAAUGGGAACGGCUGGUGCCAGCUCAGAGGGAUUUGUACAGAGACGUUAUGCUGGAGACUUACAGCAACCUGGUCUCGCUGGAUCUUGCCAUUUCCAAACCUGAUGUGAUCUCAUUCCUGGAGCAAGGCAAAGAGCCCUGGAUGGUAGAGAGGGCAGCAACCCGAGGCGUGUGCCCAGUAUUGGAGUCCAGUUAUGAUACUAAGGUAUUGUCUCCAAAGCAGCCCAUUUGUGAAGUGCAGUCACCUGAGUGGCAGAUGAGGGAAGGCCUUACAAGUUAUGGUCUUGAGUGCUCGAGUUUCCAAGACAAUUGGGAACACAGAAUCCAGUUUGACAGACAACAGGGAAAUCCAGAUGGACAUUUGAGUCAAAUGAUAAUCAAUCACAAAGAAAUGCCCACUUUCAACCAGCAAGCAUCCCUUACUUUUUAUCAGAAAAUCCAUACUGGAGACAAAUCCUGUGGAUAUGAUGAAUGCAGAGAAGACUUCUGGCCAGAAGACUUCCUUGUUAGUCAUCAAGGACUUCACACUAAUGAGAAACCCUAUAAAUGUAAGGAAUGUGGGAAGGCCUUUAAAUAUGGCUCACGACUAAUUCAACAUGAGAAUAUUCAUUCUGGCAAGAAACCCUAUGAGUGUAAAGAAUGUGGAAAGGCCUUCAAUUCAGGUUCAAAUUUCAUACAACACCAGAGAGUUCAUACUGGCGAGAAACCUUAUGAGUGCAAGGAUUGUGCAAAGGCCUUUAGUCGGAGCUCACAGCUGAUUGAACAUCAACGAAUUCACACUGGAGAAAAACCCUAUCAGUGUAAGGAGUGUGGGAAGGCCUUCAAUCGGAUCUCACAUCUUAAAGUACAUUAUAGAAUUCAUACGGGUGAAAAGCCCUACUCCUGCAAGGAGUGUGGGAAGACCUUCAGUCAUCGAUCUCAGUUGAUUCAACAUCAGACUAUUCAUACUGGCAAGAAGCUCUAUGAAUGUAAGGACUGUGGGAAGGCCUUUAAUCAAGGCUCAACUCUUAUUCGGCAUCAGAGAAUUCACACCGGCGAGAAACCUUAUGAAUGUAAGGCAUGUGGGAAGGCCUUUAGGGUCAGCUCACAACUUAAGCAGCACCAGAGGAUUCACACUGGAGAGAAACCCUACCAGUGUAAGGUAUGCGCUAGGGCUUUCAAACGGGUGUCGCAUCUUACUGUGCAUUACAGAAUUCAUACGGGCGAGAAGCCCUAUGAAUGUAAGGCCUGUGGAAAGGCCUUCAGUCACUGCUCACAACUGAUCCAACAUCAGGUCGUUCAUACUGAGGGAAAGUCUUAUGACUAUAAGGAAGGUGGGAGGACUUUAAAUCAUGAUUCAACCACUGUUCAACAUCAGCGAAUGCAAAAUAGAGAAACACAAGUGAAUUUAAUAAAUGUAGAAAAGCCUUCCAUCAGCACUUACCCUUUGCUCAUCAUCAGGGAAUUGAUGUUAGCAAGCAAUCAUAUGAGUGGAAGUGCUGGGGAAAGCCCAUUGGCAUAGGCUCAUCACAGCUCGCUCCUUGUAUGUUGGAGAAAGACUUGACUGUAACAUGAAUGGGAAUGCCUUCAUUCAGAGCUGUCCUUAGUAUCAUAAGAUUCAUACCGAAGAAAAAUUUUAUGGGAUGUAAGUUGUUGAGACCAUGAUUGUCAAAGAAGCAAGGAAAGGUUGGAAAAAUUUUGACUCUAACGCAUUCCCAGUUCACCUUUUCUAAUCACUGUGUAAUAAUUUUAACAAUAGCCAAACAUUUUCAUUCUCUUGGAAACUAAAAAGAAACAAAAGAGCCAUACUAUUCUUGAGUUAACAAAGAAAUAAAUCUUGCAAUUACCAUGAUGGUAAAGAAAAGAACGACUGAGAGUUUUACAUGCCAACAGACAUGCAAUGUGGCUAACGCUACUCAGAAUUUUUAUGGCCUUUUCAUGCUAAACAUGAAAACCCGAAAUACUGUACUCAAAUAUACUAAAUGUACUAUUCAAGAAGCCAGAAAAGAGAACACCAAACACCCAGGUGAUGAAAGAACAAAUUAAUACAAAAUGAAAUAGAAAGUGGUUAUCUUACAAUAAUCUCAGUUUGUUUUCUUCCCUGAUCCAAGAGUAAACUAAAUUUAGGAGAUGGUGUCUUAAUUUCCAUGUUAAUUGUUUUGGGUUCUUUUAUCGUUUCUGUCACAGAAGGGAUUGGUUGCCUCCCCAGCAGCCAUACCCAAUUCCCCUUCCUAUUGGCAGCCUCUGGGCUUUGCCUUAGAAUCUGAAGAUGUCAGAUGCUAAUUUUCAGCCUCCUUUGCAGCUCAGGAUAGCCCAUAUGUUCCAGUGUAUGGCCAGUAUGUUCCAGGGACGGACCUGCGGGAUUUUGGGAAAGAUUUUCCUCAUUUGGAAGAGACAGAUGUGUUAGGAAGACCCCCCCCCCUCUGGUUUCCUGCUUUUAAACAUUUUCCUAUGAGAACAUGAUGCCUGGAGCUGCUGCUGCCAUUUUGGAACCCGGAGGAGGAAACGGAGAACCUUAGAAAAGCUGAUUGGAGCCCUGACAACCCAGCUACGAGGCCCAUUCUGAAACUGUCUCUUUGGUGCCUUGUUAUGUAAGAAACAAACCUUUAUUGCUGAAAUUAAUUUUAGUUGGAUAUUUGGCCAACUUGCAGCCAAAAGCAUCCUGAAUUAUAUAAUUUCAAAUUUUAUUAUGAUUGGUAAGUGUGGCCUGGAAAUACCUACUUUUUUAUGAAUUUGACAUUUUUCUUUGUGGCUAAGCACAGGAUUGAUGUUUGUGUAUGUUCCAUAACAUUGAAUGU